GUUUGACAUGCUGAUCAUCCUUGCAGCCCUGGUGGCCACUGUGGCCAAUGCUACCAUUCAGUCAGCAAGAAAAUACAACAGUCAGCAGAUACUGGAUAUUGUCUUGAUAUUGAGAAUACUGCGGCUCUUAAGGGUCAUCGUCAGCAUUCAGAGAUUCCGGGUGAUAGUGACCACUUUAAUUAACAUUGGCCCCACCAUGCUGACGUUUGGCGGUCUUGUCUUCGUGGUCUACUAUGCGUUUGCUGUCAUUGGGAUGGAAGCGUUCCAUGGCAAAGUCCAGUUCUUUGAUCCGAAUUUCACCACUUCUGAUGCCCUGGUUUGUGGGAACCCAGCCUUAAAGGGGUCAGCAUUUGCCCGAGACAGGUACUGCAAGAACAACUUCAACGACCUCGCCUCUUCCUUUAUUGUGUUGAUGGAGCUUACGGUGGUCAACCAAUGGCAUGAUAUCCUUUCUAUGGCUUGCCCUUGUGACCACCAGGCUGCAAAGCUGUACUUCAUCUUGUUCCACAUUGUGGUCGUCAUCCUCAUCGUUAAUAUUUUUGUAGCAUUCAUCCUGGAGGCCUUCUUUGUGGCGUAUUCAUUAGAAAAAAGUGAACUAGAAACUGCCAUUGAGAAGAAGAUUCAAGAGCUCGGAGUGGGAAUCCAAGAGGACGAUGUGCAGGGUGGGAAGCUCACUGAUAAUGUGGAUGCCAAGGACAGUGGCUUUAGUGGGGAUGAUGGAGACAACAAAAGGAAGGCGUUGAAAGGACUGUACUGCAGAAUUGCAUCAAAAAAAUACAGGACUGUGGAUGCCUUGCUGCAGAGGAUGUUCGAGUCUGAAAUUGGUCCUGAUGAGGAAGGCCCUUCUUUGGAUGAGAUUCUGAACUUCUCACCCAAUGAUAUAUACCCCAAGAAUCCCAAUUUUGAAAACAGUGCAUGA